AUGACCGACGACUCAGACGGAUCUAGCAGCAAUGAGAGCCCAAUGCGAUCACGAGCUCUCAACACAUUCGAUCACCUUGAUGUGUCAGAUCAAGUGUUUGGAUCAGUACCUGGAUUGAGAAGGCGACAAAUCAUUUUGUGUUCUUGGAAGGGUCCAUCGGACAAUGUAGAUGAAGGUGAAAUGGUAUUCUAUGAUGCAGUCGAACGAGCUCCUGAAUCUUGCAGUCGAACGAGCUCCUGA